AGCAAUAAAAUCGUAGACGGAGACGCAGUCUCGCUUCGUGCACGGACAAUGUACCAUGUUUGUGUGUAACUGCCUACAAUAGAAUUUAGUUUCAAGUCACGAAGGUCACGUCUUUUCUUAAAAGCAUAUAAGCACGGAUUCAGCAUCUUAUGACGAACAUGAUAGUGAAACAUUUUUUCCUCGUUUUGGCAAUCACGCUGUUGCUAUACGUCGGAAAUAGUGAAGCAGGAUGGAAAUUUUGGAAAAAGGAAGAGACCACUACUACGACGACGACUACGACUACCACUAUACCAUCCGUACAAUCCGUUACUCCGACAAAGGCUACAAUCAUUGGAGGACCGACAGUGCCAGCUAUAAACCCCGCUAAUUCGGGACCGACAAUUGGCCAGAACGGAGCUCAACAAAAUGUAGGAAAUAACGCGCGACCCUCGGCGCGACCCAAUCGACCUAAUCCAGGGACCGAAGUCGGUCUGGAUAUUGUUGCGCCGAAGCCAAACAGGCCGGGAAUCGGCGGUGGAAAUGGCCAGACUUAUCGGGAUUGGGCUGUGGAUUUCGCGGGAGCUGGGGAGCCAGCACGAAAUCAACCAUCGAGAACACCUGGUCAAGGAUUGGCGACUAACGGUGGUCAGACGCGGCCCAGUUCACCUACAGAUUCGAGGCCAACAUCGGUAUCGGGAAAUAUACCGAUUCAACCGACGCAGCCAUCAGUAGCAGGCUCGAGAAAUACGCCUCAACCCCUGCCUCAAUCAACAAGUACAGUGCCGAAGCCGACUUCUGUGCAGUCCGUUCAUCCUUAUAUAACGCCCGGAUCUACUACUGCAACACCACCCGCUAGAAUCGACCAGAACAAUCCAAAUAGACCUUCAAGUGGACAAACGUGGGCUAAUGUCGUCGCUGGUGGUGCACAUGGGCCUGUUUCACCUACAAGUUCUCCGAGGCAACCCGGAUAUCCAGGCGAAAACGAGCGCAGGACUAUGCCCGGAGCACCGAUACGACCUGAUCAAUCCCCUCAACCCAAUCGUCCGGCAUCACCGGGGGCCGCAGCAACAGGUAGUGCUGCUGCCGCCGCUGGAGCAACAGCUAUUACUGGUCGUGUCUCAGACUCAACUGGGAAAGUGUACUCCAGCAAUCCAACAUAUAGUAAAGGAAAUACAAUUACCGACGAGGAUUUAGAAAAGCUUUCCGAGGCGCUUUAUAUUAAAGAGACGAACAAUAAUGCAAACCAAUACGUAACAGUUAAUUUGCAAAAGCAGACUACCGGCAGCAGUCCGACGGAUCAAGCUCCGCAGCCGCUGCUCACAGUAAAUCCCGCAGCUUUCCAGAUUCCUACGAUUCAAAGAGUCCUCUCGAUAUUCGACAAUUAUCAAUUAGACACUCAUACAAACGAGUAUAUUAGCCCAGCUCAAAGAGAGGAAGAGAGUCUUCUCGUUGAUACUUUUCUGAGUACAAAUGUGAUGUCUGCUGCGAUGCGUUUCCUCGCAGAUAAAGGAUUUGUGAGGAAGGAUUAUUAUGAAUACAAAGAUAUGUUAAGGAGAAUUUGGUUCAAUCUAUUUUCGCGCGGGCAGGGUAAGCUCUGCUGUACUGGAUUCGAGCACGUCUUCAUGGCGGAAACGAAACAGGUAGAUUCGGGUACGGAGGUACUUGGACUACACAAUUGGAUCUUCUUCAACGCGGAAGAAACGAAGAGGCACAUCGACUAUCUAGGCUACAUUAAGAAAACAGAUUUAGGAAGUAAGGGAUCUAUCGUCAAGAUGCAUGCAAAAUUCAAUGGUUACGACAAACCAAUUGUGUCUGUGUUCAUCGGAACCUCGCCCGAAUUGGAGAUGGCACUUUACACUGUUUGUUUCUACGCAAGACCAGAUGGCAAUUGUCCUGUAUCCUUGGGAGGCACAAAGUUUAACAUAAUAACGCAUAAAUUUAGAUAUAGAGGAAAAGAUUUAAUCGGGACGGCAUACCCGGACAUUUGAAUUCUGUGUAAAUGUGUGGAAUUUGACGAUGUAAAAGAAUGCAUAGAAACAAGUUGUUCAUACUUAUAACAUGCCUAUAAUUAAUUAUAAAGCCAAAUGGCAAUAAUUGAAUAUUAUAAAUGCUUUGUAUAUUUAAUUUAGAUAAAAAGUUCUGAUAAAAACGUGUGAUCAAAUAAAUAUUUCACAUAGAGA